AUGAAGAAGCAGAACCCGGCCAAGACACCGCGCCCGCCCAAAACGGUGCCCAAAAACGACCACUACCAGCGGCUAGGGUUUCUGUACCAGGCGGCCGCGCGACUGGAUCCGGACAGCGCGCUGUCGCGGAUGUACCUGCGUAAUAUGGACGUGGUGGCCAAGAAGACGGUGCUCAAGCUCGAUCCCAGCGUGAAACGCACUCUCUGCAAGAAGUGCCACCGUCUGCAAGUACCCGGACGGACCGCGUCGAUCAGGAUCGAAAAUACCAGCAACGCCCAGAGCCCAGAAAAUGACGUCCUUGCCGUCUCGUGCGUGUGCGGAGCGCUCAAACGCUACCCUAUAGGAAGAGACCGCAACUACGUGCUUUUCAGCGAGCAGAACGAGAUACGGGACAGUUAG